AUGGAAGGUACAAAACAGUUCACUUCAUAAUAGCAUGGAUUAACUGGACUGUGACAUACAUAAUUUCAUUGAUACCAUAACUCAAGAACAAAUUUCAGAAUUUAUAUUCCCGACCUAGAAUGCUCAUAUUACUUGUCUUUUCUGGUUUCUAGAAAGCACGGCUCAGUCCGUGAUCUGUCAGCCAAUUAUUGAAAGUAGCGGUAGUCUUGUUGGUAAGAUGUGUAAUUAUUAAUUGAAUUGGACGUGAUGUAAUCAAAUUGAAAGAAGUAAUAUGUAACCAAAUAGAGUAUAAUAGAAUGGAAUAGCAUUGAAUGGAAUGGGAUAGCAUGGCAUGACAUUGAAUGGAAUGUUCCACUGAAUCUCGGUUUUAGGAGUGAUUGAACUUUCAAGGAGGGUUGGACACGAAGCAUUUGGCGAUGAAGAUGAUGAAGUAAGAACUAAGAGACCAAUUUCACAUAAACUGUCUUUCUGUAAUAAGUUUUAUGGUAUUGUAAAACAUUUAAAAUUACUACAAUAUAACUUUGCCAUAUUAUUGCUGCAUCCCUCAGUAACAUUGUUAACGUAAUUUUCACAUUUUCAGAUGUUUUACUCUAUGCGCAAACGUCAGCAUGGAUACAGUUAUAAUGAAAAUUAUGGUCAGCGACUGUCUGUUUCAGUACCCUAUUGGUUUUGCAUUUUCACUUGCCCAUAUCGCAGGAGUAUUUUCAGAUAAUUUUAUUACUCUAUACACUGUAGAAUUACGCACAAAGUCUAGUGGACGCUGACCGGACAUCGCUGUUUCUCGUGGAUUCGAAGACGGAUGAACUUUAUGCUCGGAUAUUUGAUGUGGGAGGGUCGCCUGAGGAAUCGAUGUCAGAAAAUUUGAAAAAAGAAAUCAGGUAGUUUUUUAAACAUCGAGGGAAGAUGUUGAAUAAUUUAGUUGGUUAGUUCGUUAGUUCGUUAGUUCGUUAAUUCGUUAGUUCGUUAGUUCGUUAGUUCGUUAGUUCGUUAGUUAGUUAGUUAGUUAGUUAGUUAGUUAGUUAGUUAGUUAGUUAGUUAGUUAGUUAGUUAGUUAGUUAGUUAGUUAGUUAGUUAGUUAGUUAGUUAGUUAGUUAGUUAGUUAGUUAGUUGUUAGUUAGUUAUUAGUUAGCUAGCAUAGUUAGUUAGCUAGCAUAAUUAGUUAGUUAAUCAAAUGGUCUUUUGUAAACAGGAUGUCAAAAUUGUUUCAGAUUUCCAAAGUCAAAGGGUGUUGCUGGAUAUGUGGCGACGUCAGGGGAAACACUCAAUAUCACUGAAGCUUACAAUAACGUUUUAUACUGUGUAUUUAUUAGAAUAUAUACUUAUUUUCAGGUAGCUCUAGAAGUUCUCUCGUAUCACAGUAUGUGUACAGAUCAGGAAAUGAGAGAAUUAAAUAAAGUUCGUUCGUUUGAACUGCCUGCAAUGAGAUGGUUGAAAUGGUCAUUAAGAUGUUCGGGGAAUUGUUUUCACUCAAGAUGUACGUUCUUUUCAAUUUAUACUGUGAUAUUGAGUGUGGUGGGAUGAAGAAAGAGGGAACAGCUCUCGCUUCAGUUUAUACAACAUCUCCUCUAGAACAUCAUCAUUUUAAUCAAACUAUUACCAUAUUACAGGUUUGCUAUACUACUUUCUCAAAAUAAUUUAUUUAAUUAAACACGAUUAAAAAACUCAUUAAUAAUUCAUGAGGAAAAUACAAAAGAAAUGAAUGUUUAAUCAAUGUCAGUUGUAAAUCGGAUAAAGAUUUGUCCUGAUUUACAUAAACUUCAGCUUUGAUUUUCUCGGCUUAAACAAUGUUUAUUUUUAAAAUUACUUCGCCAAUGAAUUCAUAAGAUGGGUCGUUUUUUAUGCACGUUAAAACCUUCGCAUCCGAUCUUUAUCUGAUAUACAAACUCUCGCCUUCACUGAUAAAGAUCGACUGCUCAUGUUUUAACGGGUAUUUCGAAAACUCAUUAAUAAUUCAUAAGCAAUUAUCCAAUCUUGAGCAAAAAAUUAGUCACGUGCAUACGUCUUUAUACCAGCUAAAGAACACUUUAACAAAAGACCAUUGUUAUGCAAACUAUAUAAAGAUUUUUAUAUAAAGAUUGACUUAUUAUGCAAACGUUUUUGAAGCCAUUUAAAAAACUCGCAGGUCGUGUUUUAUUAGGUCUAAAGCCAACCUAAUAAAACACUCCUGCUCGUUUUUUAAAUAGUACUUAGAAUUUGAUUUAGAGAGGCAGUUAGACACUUGGUUAUUGUUUAAUAACUGAUUGGAACCACUAUAUUAUACAAAACAAAGAUCUUUAUUUUCGGAGCUACUGUUGGUUUAAGGGUCUACUCUAACUCGCCGCUAAAUAAUCCGAGCUUAGACAAUUUAAGAGGGACACCGCAGAUGAUUUGCCUGCUCACCAGGUAGAGUAUUUCACAUUGAGCUUCGGUCAAACGAUGAUGAUGAGAGUUGAUGAGCUGGAUUGACUCAUAUUCUGAUUUUUUUAAGGUCGGUUUUCAUUUCCAGGUAUGCAAGUUAAAUUAACUUUAUUUAUACUGAAUAACUUUGUUAGUUUCAAAAUGUUCUUUAUGUCCAGUAAGGAUCAUCUCUUAUUGAUCCAGUGUUACUACAGGAGGAAACCUUAAACCUAAACUAAUAUUUAUACUGAUAGCUCUAUCAGUUCUAAAUUGUUAUUUCUAUAGAUCCAGUAAGGAUCAUCUCUUAUUGAUCCUGUUACUACAGAAGGAAACCUAAACUAAAGUAACUUUAUUUAUGCUGGAUAGCUUUAUCAGCUGUAAACUGUUUUUCCUAGAGGUCCAGUAAGGAUCAUCUCUUAUUGAUCCAGUGUUACUACAGGAGGAAAAACUAAACUAACUUUAUUUAUACUGGAUAGCUCUAUCAGUUCUAAACUGUUCUUCCUAGAGGUCCAGUAAGGAUCAUCUCUUAUUGAUCCUAUUACUACAGAAGGAAACCUACACUAAAGUAACUUUAUUUAUGCUGGAUAGCUUUAUCAGUUGUAAACUGUUCUCCCUAGAGGUCCAGUAAGGAUCAUCUCUUAUUGAUCCAGUGUUACUACAGAAGGAAAAACUAAACUAACUUUAUUUAUACUGGAUAGCUCUAUCAGUUGUAAACUGUUCUUCCUAAAGGUCCAGUAAGGAUCAUCUCUUAUUGAUCCAGUGUUACUACAGGAGGAAACCUAAACUAAACUAACUUUAUUUAUAUUGGAUAGCUCUAUAAGUUCUAAACUGUUCUCUCUAGAGGACCAGUAAGGAUCAUCUCUUAUUGAUCCGGUGUUACUACAGGAGGAAACUAACUUUAUUUAUACUGAAUAGCUCUAUCAGUUCUAAACUGUUCUUCCUAGAGGUCCAGCAAAGAUCAUCUCUUAUUGAUCCAGUGUUAAUACAGGAGGAAACCUAAACUAAACUAACUAGCUCAAUCGGUUCGCAAAGUGAAUCCAGACAAACUUUAUUUAUUCUGUACUAGGUCCAUUUCCGACUAUGCUUUCUCUAUAUUCUAGGGCAAACCUAAAACGCUGGUCAGAGCUUGUGGCGAAGAAGAAACAAGAAAACCAGCAACAGAACGGAGCUAUUGAAGAAGUGAAG